AUGGCAGAGGCUCUUGGAAUCGCAUCCUCCAUCGUCUCCCUCCUCGACGUCUCUCAUACUAUCGUCAAAUAUCUCAAAGAUGUCAAAGACGCACCCAAAGAGCGAGAUGAGCUCGACAGGGAGCUCUCGAACCUUGCGAUCUAUCUGGACACGGUGCACCGGCUCACUCAGACAGCAGCGGCAGACGACCCGUGGCUUGAGACGGUGCAGAGGCUGUCAGGCCCUUUUGCACAGCUAGAUGAAUUACUGAAAAGCGUCAAGACGAAAUUGGAGCCUGCAUCAGAUGGGCCUUUGGGAAAGAUGAAGCAGAGACUGCUGUGGAAAUUCAGCAAGGAGAGCGUUGAGGAGGCUCUGAAGAAGAUUGAGCGGAUCAAGUCCUUGGUGAUGGUCGCCGUACAGCACGAUCAUGCGGCUUUAUCUCGCGCGCUCAACAAAACCUUGGUUAUUGUCGACACAAAGGUCGACGGCAUUUCGGAUAAUACCAAACGCAUCAAGGACGACGUAAGCCUCGUAGGCAAAAACGUCGUCAAAGUCAGCGACCACGUCAUGCGUAUCGAUGGCGAACUAUCGCAAAUCCGGAGUAACAUGGAGAAGGACCAGGAUUAUGCUGGCAUGGUGAUGCGUGUCAUCGCUUCGCUCACUGACUCGAAUUUCAAGUCCAUACAAGCUGAGAAGCUGAGCCAGCAGGUGGUGGGGGAUACCGGUCGCUUGUUCCUUCAGUCCGAACCGUUCCGACAGUGGGUAGAUGGUACGGCAGUAUCGUCGUGCCUGUGGUUUCCCGGCGAUCCCGGUGUCGGAAAGACCAUCCUGGCGUCCAUCAUCAUCGACUAUCUGCGGUCACUACCAGUGGACCAGGAGAAAAAGACGCUCAUCCUGAGCAUCUUUUGUGAUUUCCAAUCUAGAGCCGCAAAACGCAUAGACAAGGUGCUUUGUGACUUUUUGAAGCAGCUUGUUCGGGACAAGGGCCUCUCUUCCGCGAUCCUAAUGUUCUAUAGCCAGUGUCUUCGUGACGGGACACAACCUUCCUUUAACGAUAUCACCAAACUCCUUUCACAAGAGAUGGAAUCGUUCAACCAGGUUUGCGUCGUUCUUGAUGCGCUGGAUGAGUUCAUCAAGAAAAAGGCUUUGACUAAGUAA